ACAACACAGCCCGGAGGCAGCCCAGAAACAAUGGCUAUGCCAUCACAUUCCUCAAGACAUGCUCCGAUCGUCCAUCAAAUUCGAUCAUAAUUCAUCUGUCAGAAUAAUCAUCGACGGCCGAUUAAGGACAUUUGUCUUUCUGGGGACUAGAGACAAUCCCUCUGCAAUCUGAUUGGUUGAAGUGCAGUAAUCUUAACUCUGUCCAGAAAGACAUUAAAUAGAUAUUUUGGCAAGACAAGUGAGAACUCAAAUAUGAGAUAGAAUUUGCAGUGGAAGGACGUCUUUAAAACGUCUGAAGAAAACACCUUUUUUAUUCUACAAAUCAACAUGUUGAAGUCCCUUUCUAACCUACAAUUGCAUAAAAAGAAGUCAGACGACGGAGAGCAGCUAGUGGAAUUUCCUUCGUCGUCUGGAGAUGACACAUCCCUCAUCACUAAGCUGCGGAAAGGCUACCAACUCGGGCGACCAGCUUUGGUCAAGAAAACCGGGAAAUACCGCGUAACCUAUAAAGGACUGUCCCAUUCCGAGCGUCGCUCGUUCGUCCUAGACUUAUUUCAAACCUUGAUAGAUCUGAAAUGGCGCUGGGCGAUUUUAGUAUUUGUGCUCACUUUUCUAGUUGUUUAUUUUAUUUUUGCGCUGAUUUGGUUUAUUUUGGCAAAAGCACACGGUGACUUUGAUAACCUGAACAAUCCUAGCUGGGUCCCUUGUGUAGAGAGGGCGAAAACCUUUGCAGACCUUAUACUCUUCUCCAUCGAGACACAAACGACAAUCGGGUAUGGAACCUUUUACCCCAAUACGUCCUGCAGCGGUAGUGUGCUGUUAGUUUUUGUUCAGAUCACCGUUGGCUUCCUCCUGGAAACUCUGCUAGUGGGCUUCUUGUUGGUAAAAUUAUCUAGACCCAAACACAGACGACACACUCUCAUGUUCAGUGAAAAAGUUUGUAUCUGUAAAGAGAAUGGAGAACUUUGCCUGGAAAUACGAGUUGGGGACAUGCGGAAGUCUCACCUUGUGGACACGUCAUCGUUUGGAAUCUUCGUCAGUGAGAAAGUGUCAAAGGAGGGAGUUGUCUAUCCUUUAUACCAACAACAGAUGGAAUUUGAAGCCCAUGAGAUGCACGACCGUGUCUUCAUGAUGUGGCCCCUCAUUUUAAGACACAAGAUAAACGAACAUAGUCCAUUGUAUGAGUUGACAUUUGAUCAAAUGUUGUCCAAUACAUUUGAAAUCAUUAUCAUCUUAGAGGGCACAAUUGAAGCAACAGGCGAAAUUUGCCAAGCUCGGACUUCCUACUCUUCGAGAGAUAUCCUUUGGGGUAAUCGCUUUGUGAAUAUGAUCGAUUUUGAUAAUGAUAAUGGGCAAUGGAGAGCCAAUUUUGCGAAAUUCAACGAAACUGUCCCCACCCCAACACCCAAAUGCAGCGGGAAGCAGCUUGCAGAGAUUUACGGGAUAACCGGUCAGCCAGACACUCGUGCCACGGGAACAGACAGCAGUGGACUAUUUAGGAGAUCCCAGAGUCAAAUAUUGACCCCAAUGACAACAGAGGAACCACCUAACUCUGGCAAGACAUCUGAUCGACGACCGCGGUCAUACCGACAUAGCAGAGCGCCAUUGUCAUUUGGUGGAUUUUACUCUCAGCAUCUAGAAAUGGGGCGCAUCCUGAAUGUCUAUAAAUGAUACCAGUGAAAAGCAUAAUUCUUCAUUCUAAUUACAAAUUCAAGUACAAAUGUACAUUUUUCUUGAUGAAAUCGGUACGAAGCAAGCAUUGAAAUUUCAAAUUACAAGUAGUUGUAUAUGUGUAAUUUGGUGCAAAGUAGUUCUGUUAUUUUUUUCUUUUUCUGUAAGUCCUAGUGGGAUGAAACUCGGAAAAUAGCGUCCAAAUUAAGUCUUUUAAUUUAUCGCAUAUUUUUUUUUACGUCAAAAAAUUUAAUAUAUGUUCGAUGUAAAAAUAAAGCUUUGAAUUGAAAGAAAAAUGUUUAAAAUGUAAAUUUUGUAAUUUUUUGUAACAUCUUGUAAUAAGACGAAUAUAUGCACGAAGUCUUAAAAUUAAAUAACACAACUCAUUUUUCAAGUUUCAUCCCUGGAUAAUUCUACAAUGAAUUAAUGGAAGAAAUCCAAACUUUCAUAAAACCAUGUACGCCGACUGAAGGGAGAUAGAUGUCUCUGUGUAUAUAUCCGUUUGUACUACGUAAAGUCAUCUUGAUUAUAGUUGUCUUAACAAAUAAACUCAAUAAAAGUUUGAAACUGA